UCUGUGCAGCAACAACCAGCGUCUGUGUUGGGCAGGCACAGUCUGAGCCACUGAGGGCAGCUGAGAUUGAUACAUACUUUAAAAAGUUUGACGAAGCAGAGAAAAAAUACAUGGAGAUGGAUAGACGAGACCUGGCGGUGGCUCUGCGUCGUAAGCUCGGAGACUGGUUCCGCGUUGUGCAGCUGCUCAAGUCAGGAGAGGGUGCCGGGGAUGACGUACAGCUUGAGGAAGCGUGGAACGCGAUCGGCGACUACUAUGCCGACCGACAGAAAUGGCAAAGCGCAAUCAACUAUUUCGUGCAAGGCAAGACGCGGGACCGGAUGCUGCGGCAGUGGCAGAUCAGCGAGAGUCCAUUUGCACCUGUAGACAUGUACCAGCCUGAUCCGAGCACCAGCUCCAAGCCGAGCGCGUGUGAACUACUACGUGCAGGGCCGCAACCAGGAGCGGCUCGCCGAGUGCUACUACAGAUGGAUCGAGGACUACGGCGGGCUGGAGACGAUGGUGGGCCAACCUGCCGGGAACCACCGGCUGUUGCCGACGUCGCCAGAUGUUCGCCAGCGUCGGCAUGUCGCAGCAGGCCGUCGCUGCCUACACCAAGUGUAACAAGGUCAAGUUGGCCAUCGACGUGUGCAUACAGCUGAACCAGUGGAACAUGGCCAUAGACCUGGCGAAAACACACAACGUUAAGGAGAUUGACUCGUUGCUGGUGAAGUAUGCACAGCAUCUGUUAGAGAAGAACAAGCUACUGAGCGCCUGCGAACUAUAUAAGAAGGCUAAUCGCUUCAUCGACGCUGCCAAGCUUCUC